CUCCCUCACAUCAGAAAACGGCUUUGUAAUAAAGAAUAACGCCAAACCUAAUCCACCACUGACUUAUCUCUUACGUGAAUCAUUUUUAUUUCCUGAGCUUUCUAAAGCUUCCGACGCUUCUAACACUUCACACGUCUUACAUUCUUCAUCCACAACCCACAGCGUCUUUGCUUCGUACACAGCGAGCUAGAGUUCCAAUAAAACCUACCACCGCCGCCCGAUAACGGCCUGAUUUAAAUAUUUGAACGUAAACUAUUCCGAGUGUCUACUAUUAUCUUCGACGACAACUAGACCUUGCACUGAAGCUGUGUCUAUAGUUGUAUUCAUAAAUAUACCUACGAACUUUCGCAUAUCAUAUUCAAUCCUCUAACUAUGUCUUUCCUUGGCGGGCCUGAGUGCUCGACUGCGGGCAACCCACUCAGCCAGUUCACGAAGCAUACCCAGGAUGAUAAUACUUUACAAAGAGAUCGCCUCAGAAAUGGCACUCCCCAGGGUGGCAUGGGCGGCUUUCGCACUGCUGCCCAGCAUGGACCACAAGAUGAGAUGAUGAAUUCAUUCCUACAACAAAAUGGCCAGCUACCGAACAUGCCUCUCGAGGGCAUGAAUCAGAUACGAUUAGAUCACCCCGCACAUGGCGUCCACCUCCGAGCGAACUCGACUUCACCGUCGUGGGCAAACGAGUUUCAACACAAUCCACAAGCAGCGAUGGAGUCAGCUUUUAAAGUUCCCCAGGGCACACAGUUUGGCCCCGAAGAUUAUGCCAAGUUCCAGCGGAUGACCGGUCAAGCAAACUCGUCGCGAGCAAGCCCUAUGCCCUCGGCCAUGCAAUAUCAAAAUCCAAUGAUGGGGAUGGGAAUGAUGAACGGCAUGAGCAUGAACUACGGUAUGGGAGGUAUGGCGAUGCAUCCUAUGGCCGCACGGCAACAAUUUCAAGAGAGGACAAGCCAAGACAAAGGGAAGGGCAAGGAAAAGGUGGUGGAGCUUGAUGACCAGCAAUGGGAAGAGCAGUUCAAGCAGUUAGAGCUGCAAGAAAAUGUGACCAAGGACGUUGACGAGGCCGCGGCACUGGAACCGGAAUUGAAUAAGUUGGAUGAACAAAUCCUGGAGUCGGAAACUAACGAAUUCGGAGACUUCGAAUCGAUCUGGAGGGGUAUCAGAGCAGAGGAAGCGGCCGGAAAGGAAAUGCUCGACGAGGAAGAGUGGGUUGAGCAGGUAGCAGACCCUGCGGAUUGGUCUGACCGUUUUGGGGAUUGGAGUAUGCCCGGCGCUAACAGCAGGUUGAUGAUGGAUCCUGAAAUAGAAAACUAUCUCUUUGAAGAAGACAACCUGUUUAAAAACACAGGAAAUCCAUUCGAGGAGGGUAUGCGGAUCGUAGAUGGAGGCGGUAACCUCUCUUUGGCCGCACUCGCUUUUGAAGCCGCCGCCCAGAAAGACCCCACACAUGUAGAAGCGUGGGUCCAACUCGGCAUGGCCCAGGCACAGAACGAGAAGGAAACAGCUGCGAUUCGAGCUCUCGAGCAAGCGAAAAACCUUGACCCGAAUAAUGCCCCGGCGCUGAUGACCCUAGCCGUCUCUUACACGAACGAAGGCUAUGACAGUAUUGCCUACCGGACGCUAGAGCGGUGGCUCUCUAUCAGAUAUCCUUCUGUCAUCGCACCAGGCGACCUCUCAAAUCCGGCUGAGCUUGGCUUCACCGAACGCCAGCAGCUCCACGAUCGAGUCACGAACCAUUUCAUCAAGGCAGCGCGGCUUAGCCCGGACGGCGAGCACAUGGACCCGGACGUCCAGGUGGGAUUGGGCGUGUUAUUCUACGGAGCUGAAGAGUACGACAAGGCGGUGGAUUGCUUCUCGGCAGCUCUAGCUUCGACGGAACUGGGGGCAUCGAACCGACAAGGCCAAGUGCACCUCCUAUGGAACCGAUUAGGUGCAACGCUUGCCAACAGCGGCAAGAGCGAGGAUGCCAUCGCCGCUUAUGAGAAGGCGUUAACUUUACGGCCCAACUUCGUUCGCGCGCGAUACAAUCUCGGAGUAAGCUGCAUCAACAUGGGAUGUCAUGCCGAAGCAGCCGGACACCUUCUGGCAGCUCUUGGCAUGCACAAGACGGUCGAGAAGGAGGGAAGAGAGAAGGCACGGGAACUACUGGGAGGAGACGUUAGCGAUGCACAGCUUGACGCCAUGACAACGCAAAACCGGAGCACGAAUCUCUACGAUACGCUGCGCCGCGUGUUCACUCAGAUGGGCAGACGCGACCUCGCGGAGAAGGUGUUGCCCGGUGUAGACCCGGAAGUCUUCAGGGGGGAUAUCGAGUUUUAGGUGAAUGAGGGUUUGGCUUGGUAUUGGGGUAGCAAAGGGGAUCGGUGGAUGUUGUAGGGAUGGAGAAGAUAUUCUCUAAGCGAAACCUGAAGGCAAAGCGGGAGGAAAUGGUCGUCUAAGCAUUAUUCAAAUUUGUCACAUUGAAGACGAUGAAUGACUUGUACGGCCACGGACAAUGGAAAUGCAUGGUUCAUUGGAGGAGGCUAGAUUGGACUGGAUGGGACUGUAAACCGAGUCUACGGAUCAAAUAGGGGGGCCGGCUUGGGGUCUACUACUUACCGUAGACACACUAUACAUCCAUCUAUUGCAAUCACUCUGUUGUUACGCCGUAUGACUGAAUAAAUGGGAAUAGGAAAUAUGACAAGGAUUUAUGCUGCG